UGCGCGUCAGCUGGUUGCUUAGUUUACUGCUUCAGUUAGCUAACUGUUGGAGUCUCGCUAGCCCAUUAGGAAGUGUUUUACUCCUAACCUUUAAUUUAUACCGACUUUCCUCUAACUAUUUAACAACGACACAGCUCAUGUUAGCGAGGCGGCGAGGCUCUGCGUUUACUCAGCCAGCUAGUGAUCCACAUGACAGCUUGGAGCGUCCUGCUAGCCUAGCAGCUAAAUUAGCAAGAUACACUGGAAAGAAGUAAGGUGAGAACCAGUGUCGUCAACCAUGGCAGGUGGAAUUACAGAGAGUGGGGAACCCUACUCCCCAUUUGUGGGGCUUGUGUAUAUGUUCAAUCUGAUUGUGGGGACAGGAGCUCUGACGAUGCCCAAAGCCUUUGCCACGGCCGGCUGGGUGGUUAGCAUAUCGCUCAUCUCCUUUUUAGGAUUCAUGAGCUACAUGACCACCACGUUUGUGAUCGAGGCGAUGGCGGCGGCCAACGCUCAGCUACGCUGGAAGAGGAGAGAGCAGGAGGAGGUCGAUGACAGCGACUCCACCUCCGAGUAUUCGGAUGAUGACGUCAUGGUCCGAGGCCGAUCGGAGCCGGAGACAAAACCCAUCCUCUCUGUUCAGAGAUCAGGAGGUCACGUCGAUCAUUUCGACAUCGUGGAGCGGGUUGAGAUGGGUCAAAUGGCCUCCAUGUUCUUCAACAAAGUCGGCGUCAAUAUGUUCUACAUCUGCAUCAUUGUCUAUCUGUAUGGAGACCUGGCCAUCUACGCAGCAGCUGUGCCUAUAUCACUGAUGGAAGUGGCCUGUGGAAACCACUCCUGCAGCGCUGGAAGUGUGAAGUAUAACGACACAGACCCGUGUUGGGGUUCUGUCACGAGGAAAGAUGCGUACCGGGUGUUUCUGAGCGUUUUCACGGUUCUGUUGGGGCCUUUCACUUUCUUCAACGCCCAGAAGACCAAAUAUCUUCAGAUUCUCACCUCACUCAUGCGCUGGAUUGCUUUCACCAUGAUGAUCAUCUUGGCUCUUAUCCGCAUUGGUAAAGGCACCGGCGAAGGCAACCCACCAGUCGCCUCCUUCUCCGGAGUGCCCAACCUGUUUGGUGUUUGUGUGUACUCCUUCAUGUGUCAGCACUCCCUGCCCUCCCUGGUGACGCCCAUCUCUGACAAGAAGCGUGUGGGCACCCUGGUGUUUGCGGACUACAUCUUGAUCCUGGGCUUUUAUGUCCUCCUCUCCUUCACCGCCAUCUUCUGCUUCAAGAGCUCGCUGCUGCACGACAUGUACACCCUGAACUUCACGGACAAUUGCGACGUGUUAGAUAUCCCAGUCCUGCGCUACUUCCUGGGCCUAUUCCCUGUUUUCACCAUCAGCACCAACUUCCCCAUCAUUGCUGUCACACUCCGCAACAACUGGAAGACCUUGUUCCACCGGGACGGAGGCACCUACCCGUGGGUGGUGGACCGUGUUGUGUUUCCCCUUAUUACCCUAGUGCCUCCAAUCUUGGUGGCCUUCUGCACCCACAACUUGGAGUCCCUGGUGGGUAUUACAGGAGCCUAUGCCGGCACAGGGAUCCAAUACAUUGUCCCAGCCUUCCUUGUGUAUUACGGUAGACGCCAUCUGGAGCCUGUGGUGGGCAGGGAUGCCAUCAACAAGCACCGGUCUCCCUUCCGCCACAGUUUUUGGGUGUGGUUUGUUUUGUUGUGGGCCGCCUCCUGCCUCAUGUUUGUCACAGCCAACAUCAUCCUGACUGACACCAAGAAAUGAGGACUUUAGAACUGUCUAGAAAAAAUGUAAACAUGUUUGGCCAGUUUCUUUGUUCCAGUACACGAGGCCUUACUUUCUGCUGGUUGGACAGUGUGCCUUUUUAUGGGACUUUGGUUGCACACAUUAAAUGUAAUUAAGAGUAAUUUAUCAAAUUUUGUUAAAAAAAAGGGACCAAAUGUCAAGCCUUUUUGUUCCAUCACUAAAACUGGAACAGAAAAUGACAACAGUGAAAGGGAAUUAAUUAUUAAAAGGAUGUUUUGUCAACCUGAUAGUGAUGAUUUAACAAGGAUUUGCACAGACAUAGCUUUUUGAAAAUAUAUCUUUAGAGUUCAGCGUGCUUCAAACUAAAUCUACAUACUUUCUUAGGUUGGCUUGCUUGAUAGAUUAGCCGUUUUUGAAAAGUAAAAACAAAAUGUGUUGGAUGCAACCUUUAUUUCCAAGGUUUGAAAGGUUUUUGGCAGGGGGUAUUGGGUGUUGUACAAGCAUUUUGAAGCAGACUGACACCUUAAAAGUUCAGCUCUGGUUAGGCUUGGGCUGUAUGUAAUAUUUCAUACUUUCAUACCUUCCUGAGAUUUUUCUGGGGUAUACGGUAUAUGACAGUAAAAGUGUGCUGUGCUAACCUUCAAUUAGUAACUGCACUGUUUCAACAAUCACAAGCUCCGGUUUGGUUGAAAUAAAUUCUUAAUUCACAAAGUUAGGUCUAAAAAAACAUACAGUUAAUCCCUAACCCUAUCCCUAUUUCUCUGCUGGCCUCCAGCAGUUUACAGUCCUGUUACUUUUCCCUCCACCACUAUGUGUUGCCAUGUCUUUCAGCUCAGCUCCUUGUUCCACUAGUAGAGCCCGGACACUGGUGGUGCAUGCUGUGCACUACAUUCUGUAAGUUUAAUAUAGAGAGGAGCACCUGUAUUUAUGAUGGUAUAAAAAAAAAAAUCCUACUUUAGGGAUUUUUAAAUACCCUGGCAUAUCAUGAUACCAUGAUACCGCCCUAGCUUACUUUUGGUACUUCAUUAAUCUAGGAUACCUCAUUCAAAUCCCAAACUAUAGAAAACGUGGUUGUUUAGACGCUGAGGGAACCUCUGGAUCUUCAGGACAGAAAGUUCCAAUAAAGAUAUAUUAAAGCAAUUGAAAGAGCAGAGUAGCGACAAGAAAAAGAGCCUGUUACACCCAGACUUGUGUUCUGUUGCUAAACUCCUUGGUGUCUACACAGCUUGAUAAUGAAAUUGGAACAGAAACCAACAGAAGAAGACAAACGAACAAAUCUGGGAUGAUCAUUCUUUUGUAGCUGACAUGCAUCCAUUCCUCAGCGGUGGCUGCCUCCGAUCUCCUCGUCCCUCGUGAACAAUGAAGCUCCGUCAGUGACAGAUCCACUGACAGAUAGGCUUCCAGGAAGAGCUCCAUCUCUGUUUAUCACCGGGCACUCGUGCCUGUAGUUCACUCACAGGGCAUGUCUCCUGUCUUCUACUGCUCAGCACCCAUUCAUGACUCUGUCAGCCUCGUGCUGUAUCUAUCACACAGCCCAACACCUGACAGGAUUAUAGUGAUCUACAGUGUGUCAGCUGCGGCUAUGGGCAAGACAUCAUUGGCCAAAAGUGAAGGGUACUGAUCCAAAUGUGACGACAGAGCUUCAUACACUACCCACUGUACUGAUGUUCUGUAAUGCUGAUUUCACUGACACAUGGCAGCUCCCUCUCUGAGUUGUGCCUUUGUUAGUAGACUUUAUUAUUGCCCUUCAUUGUCUACCUUACUGUCAGUGAAACUUCUGAAAGCGAUAUGUUGAUUCAUGCUGUGGAUCCGUGUCUUACUAAUUUCUGAUUGGCAGUUAAACUCAUUUAAUCAACGCUAUGUCCAAUAUCACUCUUUGUUUGCUACCUGGUGUGCUGUCUUUUCUUUGUAAUAUUAAUUAUUUCUCCAGAUUAUGAUUUUAAAUUUCAGGCAGUGUUUAGUGCCAUCUCCCCAAGCAUUUUUUGCCAAAGGAAAAAGAAAAUGGUGAACUUACACUGGCCAAAAACAACCUUAUAGUUGUUGAAUUGACUAAAAACUCACGUAAAGUGUGUGUGAAUAAAAAUGAAUCAGUAAAUGGUCAUGGAA